UGCUGACAUCAGAGAGAGAGAGAGUCGCAGGCAGCUCCGAGCAGAAACUCGCUGCUUGUGGACUGGAGAGCGUGUUGAGACAAGCCGAGCGCGGGCUUGGGGAAACUUUACCCCGCAUCCCUUUCGGGUUUCCCGGUGCAGUCGCCCCCCCCCCCCUCUCUCUCCCCUCUGAACGCGGCGACCGACUCGGGAUUAUGCAUCGCUGAGAGGAAGGGGAGCCGCUUUCAGCCAAAGCGCGGCUGGCUCUGUUAUUUCUGCGUGCCGCUGCUGAGCGCUCAGCGCAGUUUCCGGAUUUUGUGCUCACUGUUUUUUUGUUUUUUUAUUUUUUUGGGGGGACGAUUUGCUCUGAAACUGUUGGAAUUCCUUUCCCCCCGGCGUUUAUUUGCUCUAAAUUAUAGCUCAUCAAAGAAAGUGACCUUUUACAAAACCCUGCAGCCACAACAUGGACACACUUCGGCGACAAGGGUGAAGUCUUCGUUUUCAGAGAGAAGUUGAGCUCUGCGCUCGAGUUCACCAGGGCCACUUCCUGAUGAUGACAGUAAACAUGGAUGAUGGUCUCCCGAAUGGACCCGGACAGCUCAGAAACAUACAAGACGACGAGGAGGCGCUCAACUCCAUCAUGAAGGACCUGGCCGCUUUGGGCCGCUUCUCCAGCCACAAGCUCAAGAACAGAACCUUACUCUACAAGCAGGAUUUAAGAGUCAAGCUGGAGCAUGAGAGAGAAAAACGGAUCAUACCGUUUCAGAGGCCGCUGAAGAUCAAGGAGCUUCUGCAGAAAGUCACAGAGGCCUUUGGUCAGCAGAUGGACCUCUUCUUUAUGGAAAAAGAGCUGCUGCUGCCCCUGAAGACCCAGGAGGACCUGGACCAGGCGGUGCUGUCUCUGAGCAGCACCUCUGGAACCAACGGGCUGCUCAGGAUACUGCUGAAGACCCCUAAAAACAACCAUUAUCUGCAGGUGAACAGCCGGGACAAACAGAGCGAGAUGAAGUCAUCGCGGUCAUUAGGGGACCUGAAGGGCUCUCUGCUCAAAGGCUCGGAGAGGGUGCGCAAACACUCCACAGGUUCCCUCCACACCGGUCGCACGUCGCCUCCUCCGGGCAGCGUCCCCGAGGAGCAGCAGCAGAUCGCUCGUCAGGGCUCUUACACCAGCAUCCACAGCGAGGGGGAGUUCAUCCCAGAGACCUCAGACCAGAACAUGCUGGAUCCCUUCGGCAGUGCAGGCAACUCGCUGUCGAGCAGCUGUCAGUCAAUAGACCAAGCUCUGGACAGCCCUCCUUUCUCGCAUAACAACCGGGACAAUAAUUACCAGAACCUGAACUAUGAAUAUAAAGGUCGACACGGGAAAGGAGGAACUUUCCCACGCCAGUUCCAGUUGCCCAACCGCAGCAAGGAUUACGGAGAUCGUCGCAGGACACUCCCGCGCAGCUUCAUGCCCCAGGAGAACCUUUUCCAGCUGGUUCCCUCCAGCCGCACUCGCAGUUACAACGGCGACAGCUCGCUGACGUUCAGCGACCUGCGCUCGCUGGGCCGCACCGCAGAGAAAAGCUGCCAGCGGGGCACGGCCAAAUCACCGCGGGCGCCAGUCAACUGGCGGCAGGGAAAGCUGCUGGGGCGAGGGGCGUUCGGGGAGGUCUACCUCUGCUACGACGCGGACACGGGCCGCGAGCUGGCCGCCAAGCAGGUGCCCUUUGACCCCGACUGUCAGGAAACAAGCAAGGAAGUGAACGCUCUGGAGUGCGAGAUUCAGCUGCUUAAAAACCUGCGACAUGAUAGGAUUGUUCAGUAUUACGGCUGUCUGCGGGACCUGGAGCAGAGAAAGCUCACCAUUUUUGUUGAGUUUAUGCCCGGGGGCUCAAUAAAAGACCAGCUGAAGGCCUACGGGGCUCUGACGGAGAAGGUGACGAGAAGAUACACCAGGCAGAUCCUUCAGGGAGUUUCCUACCUGCACAGCAACAUGAUUGUACACAGGGACAUCAAAGGUGCUAACAUCCUGAGAGACUCCUCGGGGAACGUCAAGCUCGGAGACUUCGGAGCCAGCAAACGGAUCCAGACCAUCUGCAUGUCUGGAACGGGGAUCAAGUCCGUCACUGGCACCCCCUACUGGAUGAGCCCCGAAGUCAUCAACGGGGAGGGCUACGGCCGCAAAGCCGACGUUUG